AUGGAUUAUGGGUGGGACUCAUCCGAUGAUGAAGGAUGUAUGGCAAUAGACUUGGAUGCACAGCAGGAGGAACAUGAUCAUCACACGAGAAAGCCUGGAAUAGAUGGUAGCAGAAAGCAAACUUCGCUGGUAGAAGAUUAUGACCCAUCAGAACCCACAGAUGACUAUGACCCAUCUGAACCUACAAGGGGUUCUGACUCUGAAAGUCCCAGUAAAAACCGUUAUCUAAAUAAAAAUGCUAUAAGGUCCAACCAGAAGUAUGACCCAGCAGAACCUACUCUGAGUGACGAGGAGGAAGAUACUAACACAGGUUUGAAAGAGGAUAGGUAUUGCUCACCAGUCAGUGAUGAGAAUGAUGGAAGGUGGGAUUCCCAGUUGCCUAUGACCCAGGAAGACAGCGCUCCAAGCCCUGGUGCAGAUAGUGCUGAUGAUGUUGAAGAUAAAUCUAAUAUGAAUAGCAGUAGUCAAUCUAAGGAAACUUACCAGAAUGACCAUGCAAGGAACAGAGAUGACGAUUUGAGCAGGGCAGAGAAGCCAUCACAGACCAGCAGAUCUAAAAGUGAAACUCCGUUAGGACCUGCAGAUACUGAUGACACUAGCCAAAAUUCCAUUCUUGAUGACAUUGAUGUUCCAGAGGUCACCUUUGAUGACAGUGAUUUUGUUUUAGAGAAAGAGCCACUUGAUAAUGACAGCGCACAGCCAACUGGUGCUCACAGCCCUGUUCUUGAAAAAGAAAACAGCCAAAGACACAGAAAAGAUUCCCAUAAGGGGGUGGAUAAUGCGUCCCAAAAAGGGGAGGAUAAUGCGUUCCAACAAGGGGAGGAUAAUGCGUCCCAACAAGGGGAGGAUAAUGCUUCUCAAGAUGCAGAAGGAUCAGAAUCUCCAAAUAGUGAGCAGAGGCGUUUGUAUUCCCAGGAGGAGGAAGAGGAGGACCGGGAUAGAUUUAGGAAACAGAAGGAGGUGGAUACUCGCAAUGAGGAAGCUCUGGUGGAUUUGUUCAGGGAGGAAAGUGAUGCUGACAGGAUAGAGCAGGAUGUGGCACAGCCGGUUAAAAAAACGAAAAAGAAACUGAACUCAAAGAAAGUCAAAAAGAAAGGGAAGAAGUUGAAAAAAGACCAGAGUAAGAAGAGCCAGGGCAAGCAGCUAAAGGAUUCCACUGUUGAGGACCAACGAUUUGUGGAGAUCAGGAGGGAUAGACAGAGUACUGAGAUAAGGGAAGAGGGAGAGUUGGAGGGCGACGGUGGAAACAGUCACAGGAAAUCAUAUGGGGAAAAGAUGUCACUUGAGAUGUACGAGCAGGUUUUUGAAAUAGGAGCCGGUGGAAACCAGGAUGAUGAUGAGCAGAGGGAGCCAGGGGAAAUUGUAGAAGAAGGUAAAAAGAGAUGGAAGAAGAGGGACAAAAAGGAAAAGAAGAAAAAGAAAAACAGGCGAGAAGUUGCAACGGUUGAAGAAGCGAAUCAAGGAGAUGAGGACUCACAAAAGUUUCCUUCGUUUUUGGCUGGAUUUUUUGUGCAAGAUGAAGGAGGGGAGGAAGAGUUGGAAGAAAAUGUAGAAAAUUUAUCAAGAUCUUUUGAAACUGACAAUGACAGGACUUUUCAAAAAGGUGGCAAGAUUUAUAGAAAACGCCACAGCUCUGAAGCUGAAGAUUCAGUAAAAAGCUUUGACCAGAAUGUGACUGAAAGUCAGGAGGUUCGAACCCAAGAAGUGGAGCACAGAAAGAAUAGAAAACAUGAGGAGAGGAGUCAUGAGGCAAGGGAUAGGAGGCAAUAUGAAGCGAGAGAUGUAAGAGAAGUUCGUCGUGAGAGAGAACAUCACCAUACUACUCCGCGAGAAAGAGACAGGGAUAGGGAUCAUGAGCGAGAACGAGAGAGGGAGCGAAGCCGAAAUGAAAGAGAAAGAGAACGGGUGAGGGUCAGGGAAAGAGAAAGGGAGAAGGAACGAGAGAGGGAACGUGAAAGGGACAGAGCAGUGGUGUGGGACAGAGACAGGGACCGGAGCCGUAGACUAGAGGUUGAGGAGAGGAGAGGACACCAUGAGGUGGAGGAGAGGAGAGGACACCACGAGGUGGAGGAGAGGAGAGGACACCACGAGGUGGAGGAGAGGAGAGGACACCACGAGGUGGAGGAGAGGAGAGGACACCACGAGGUGGAGGAGAGAAGAGGACACCACAUCCGGAGUUCGUCACAUGAGCACAGGCGCCGAUCAAACACUGCAGAUAGAGCCCGCAGGUCUCGAUCCAGGGACCGAUCAUCACGGCAUAGGCGUCAUAGAACAAAAUCUCGUGAACGAUCAGCAGAAAGAGAGCGUGAGCGAGAAAAAGAGCGAGAGAGAUCAAAGCGUAGGCACAGAGAAAGAAAUCAUGAGAGAGAAACAGAAAGAAGAGUUAGACGGGCAUCACAUUCACGGUCACGCAGUCCCCGCCAUAGGUCAGAGAGAGCAGGUUCAGAUAAGGAGAACAGAGAUGAAAAUCAUAGGAGGAGAAGGCAUGUUCGUGCGCAUGGACGGAGCGAAUCAGAGGAAAGGGAAGAAAAUCAUCGCAGACAUAGGAGGGAAAGAAGAGAGCUAGAGAGAGGUAGUAGUGCUUCUUCAUCAUCAUCUGCCAGUAGUGACAGUGGUGCCAGACACAGAAGUGGGCAUAACUACAGUUUCCUCAGUCAUUAUUCUUCCGAUGAAGGUGAAUCAAGCGACGUCAUACUUGUGGAACCAGAGAGAAUUGUGAUCAAUCUGGACGAAGAAGAGGACCCUCCUUCCAGAGUCGACAUUACUCAUGCCAACACCGAAGACGACAGUACAAAGUUAGUUGAUGGUGAGAGCAUACCACCCCCACCUGAGCUGUCAAGAAACUCCAGGAGCAGUGCCCUAAUACAGAUCAACCCUGCAGAGCCUGAAACUGAAGAAGCCAAUGACCACUCCGAGGAAGGUGAUGCAACUCCAACAAGAGAUGAACGUAGUGAUGAAGCACAGUCUCCUUGGCAUAAUAAAGUAGUGCAGGAAUCGGAUUAUGAUCCUGCUCAUCCGACAGAAGAAGCUGAGGAACCAGAAAAUAGGUCUUUAUCACCAGAUAUCAACAGUAGUCCAGAACAUACUCCUACAGAGUUGGGGCCCGCACCGCCGGAUCACUCCCCGCUGGAAGAGCGCCGACCUACUCCACCACCUGGUCCUUCCGUAAUGGAACCAAGCUCAAAAAUUCCCCUUUCUCAAGAAGCAUUCAUGCCUGGAGUACCAAGGCCACCGCUGUCUCUCAUGUCACCAUUUCAGCGUCAACCGCUGCCACAGCAGCAAGUACCACAGCAACAGCCUCCAUUGCUGCCUUUCCCUGGGGGUGCUGUUGGUGGGCCUGUGCAGGGUCAGAGAUUUCCUCCAUGGCCCCAUGCUAACGGCCCUAAUUCCCACAUUCUGCCUCAGGGUAAUGGCCCAAUGUCUGGCUUUCGACCAGCUCAGCAGAGUUUUCUGCCCUCGCCAGAUCCCCGUCCUUUCUUCCCUGUUGAAAAUUCUCGGCUGCCGUUACCAAUGGGAGCACCACUUCCACGCUUGUCUCAUCCACCGCCUCAACGAGAGCAGCUCCUGCCCCAGCAGGCAAGCACAGCUCGCCCUUCGAUGCCACUCUCUGCCCUGGCACCUUUGGCUCAGCUAACCAGCUUAUUGCCAGCAUUAGAAAGGGCCAAAAUGGCCAUCCACAGAGAUGAUCAUAGCAUAUCACAGUCUGCCCAGAUACUUAAACAUUCACUGCAGGCGGUAGUCACGCAGCCAGCUGUUGUAGGGAAAAGUCCUCUUGUGAGCAGUUCAGCCACAAAUAUAUCUGUAUCUGUUCGAUCAUCUCGAGGGGAGCAGUCAGAGUCAACUGAAGUGGUUGACAUGGAUAUGAGCCCAGGGGAAGACGACUGCGAGCUAGAACUCCCAUCUCCAAACUCAUCUGACAGCGAACGGGUUGGCAAGAGGAGAAAGGCUCGGAAAUCAGAUUCUAGAGUGACAAAGGCAACAGCUGCUUCUGGAACAGAGAAGGGUUUAAUUCAGCCAGCGAUGUAUUUGAAAGCUUUGAGCAAAGCUAUAGAAAAAUUGACACCCAAGACACAGGUGACAUCCGCAGGAACAGCUGCAACAGCUGCAGCGCAGGAGAAGACAAAGUCGCACUCUGGAAAGAAAAAGAAGUUAGAAGUUGAAGAUGAUGUGCCUGCCUCGGCUGUGGAUCUAACCAACAAGGAAAAGUACCUCAAAAAGCUACACUUACAAGAGAGAGUAAUUGACGAGGUGAAGUUAGCAAUCAAGCCAUUCUACAGUGCAAAGAAAAUCACAAAGGAACAAUAUAAACUGAUACUCAGAAAAGCUGUGCCCAAGGUCUGCCAUAGCAAAAGUGGUAACAUAAACCCACAGAAAAUUCAGCAGCUUGUUGAAGCGUACGUGGGCAAACUAAAAAAAGGAAAGACCCCAGGCGGGGGUUUGAAAAAGAAACGUGCGGCCAGAGAUGCACAGACUUCAAAAGAUGCCACCACAGCGCCGGCCAAGCAGAACGGCGAGUGGGCUAAAAAGCCUACCAGAUAA